CCUGUGUGCCGUCACCACGGGCGGGUCUGGCCGAGGCCUGGGUAGGGGCCUGGGGCUGCUCUACCGCCCCAGGGCUCUGAGAGAUUUAGAUCCUGGCCCAGAGCAUGUUCCAGAUCCCAGAGUUUGAGCAGAGUGAGCAGGAAGACUCCAGCCCUGCAGAUAGGGGCCUGGGCCCCAGCCCCACAGGGGACAAGCCCCCAGGUCCCAGCAAGCACCGGCAAACGGCCCCAGGCCUCCUGGGGGAAGCUGGUCACCAGCAGGGGCAGCCAGCCAGCAGCAGCCACCAUGGAGGCACUGGUGCUGUGGACACCCGGAGUCGCCACAGCUCCUACUCCGCGGGGACGGAGGAUGACGAAGGGACGGAGGAGGAGGAGCCCAGCCCCUUUCGGGGCCGCUCGCGCUCGGCACCCCCCAACCUCUGGGCUGCACAGCGAUAUGGCCGCGAGCUCCGGAGGAUGAGCGACGAGUUCCACGGCUCCUUCAAAGGACUUCCUCGCCCGAAGAGCGCGGGCACAGCGACGCAGAUGCGACAAAGCCCCAGCUGGACGCGCUUCCUUCAGUCCUGGUGGAACCGGAACUUGGGGAGAGGAGGCCCCGCCCCCUCCCAGUGACUUUCUGUCCCACAUCCCGAAUCUCCCAACCGCUGCUGGCGGCCAUCUUGGGAGUGGGCGGAAGUCUUUUCUGCAGGCCUUAUGCAAAAGGAGGCUCAGUUUCGUCCCUUUCAGAAGGAGGCGGUCUGACCCAGAGCCCAAUUCCCUUCCGGUGUGUGCGAGGACCGCGGAGGGGCUCGGCCCCCAUCGGAAGUUUUGAAGUUUUUCCGCCCUUAGGUGCUGGAACUGGCCCUGUGACCCCGCCCCCGGCGCUGGGCUGCCACAGUCGCCUGCGCCAGUUGCGAGCCGGAAUUAACCCUAAUUUCGCCAGAACCCUUUCCUCCGCGGUAACGCUGCGGGCUGAUGCUCGCUAGAAAUGUGCUAAUAAAGCCCGCGUCUGUGC